UCGCGACCCAAAUCUUCUACACUCAACUAAAUUUAUUCUACUCAAUCCUAUUUAUAUUCCCAUUCCCCUUUGUUUUCCCUUCAACGGAAGUCCUAAUGCUACGACGCUUUCUGACCUAGCGGCUGGUGUCAGUGUUUUUUUGCCAAAAAUGGGAAAAAUGAUGAUAGAUUUUUGUAAAUGCGUAAAUACCUUGCUAGGGUUUCCCGAUCCGGAGGACCGUCGACUCCCGCCGGCGACGCCGCGGUGCCGAAAUAUAUGCCGGCGCUACGGUCAGGGGCUGAGGAUCAUAGCCGGGGAGACGCCGACGCCGGCGAACGUGGUGGAGAAGACCGGCCCCGGGCGGCAACCGGAGAAGCCCGAUCCUGGCGCCUGGGGCCUCCAUGAGUGCUGCUACGACGACGGGCUUGGUCUCUGUACCGAGAGCCUCGGGUUCGAGAGCUGCUGCGACGGCCGCGUGGCGGCACUGGAGGAGAGCUCCAUCGGCGCCUCCGGAGCCGGCGGCGACGAGGCGGCGGAGGAGGGGCGGAGAUCGGAGCGGGGGAUACCGGGACGGCGGAGUGAGGGGAGGAAGUUUCCACCGCCGCUGAGUUGGCUGGCUGGGAAUGGGGGGCGGCGGAGCAAAUAUCUGGUGCCGGAGAGGAAGGACGGACGGCUGAUGAUCAAGUUGAAGACCGUCGAUCGGUCGGAGAUCUUCGCCGCGACGCGGGAGGAAGGGCGGCUCCGAUUGAGUCUGAUCGAACCGAACGGCUCCGAAGAGGAUGUGGUUACGGCGGCGGCGGAGGAGAAGGAGGAGAGAGGGGAGAGGUGGAAGUGGACGAGUGGGGAGAUAGAGGGCGCCUGGCGGUGCCAAGAGGCGGGUAGCUGUAACGAGGUGGUGCCGCUGUGGUGGAAUUACCGUUUCGUGACGACGGCGUGAGGUCAGACGAUCUGGUUGUCGUCACCUCCUUUCUGUCAGGCUGACGGAAUCGGUGGGGAUUUGGAGGUCGUAACCCUGAAGGAGAGGACUGCCGAAGCAGCAAGCGGUGUACAGCGAAGCCAAAAAAAAAAUUAAUAAAAAAAAAAGAAAAAAAGAAGACGUACAAAUUUUGCACCCCGUUUUAGAUAGCGGCUAUCUGGAUUUUUUUUUUCUCUCUACAAGAAGGAAAAAAUAAAAAGAUAUUGGGUUUCAUU